AUGUUCACCGGAAUAGUAGAAACGAUUGGGACUGUCUCCUCCCUCAUCCCACAAGACGACACCACCACCGGCGGUGGCGGAACUUCCUUGACCAUAUCCAAUGCCGCCCCAAUUCUCACUGAUGUCCAUCUCGGUGACUCAAUCUCUGUCAAUGGAACCUGUCUCACCGUCACCGCCUUUGACAAUGACAGCUUCAAGGUCGGCGUCGCCCCCGAAACCCUCCGCCGCACAAACCUCGGCUCUCUCACUGUUGGCUCCUCCGUAAACCUCGAGCGCGCCGUUGCUGGGCACGUCCGUUUCGGCGGUCACUUCGUACAGGGCCACGUAGACACCAUUGCGACGAUAUUAUCAAAGACUCCAGAUGGAAACGCUGUGACGUUCCGCUUCCAGCCGAGGGAUAAGGAUGUGCUGAUGUACAUCGUGGAGAAGGGGUACGUGACUGUUGAUGGUGCGAGCUUGACUGUUGUCGCCGUGUCCGACGACUGGUUUGAGGUUAUGCUUGUGGCAUACACACAAGAGAAGAUCGUCACCGCGGCAAAGCCUGUGGGCGGUGAAGUCAACAUCGAAGUCGAUAUGACAGGCAAGUACAUUGAGAAACAAGUGAAGGCGUACCUCGGCGGAGCCAGGGGUUUUAUGCUGGAAUCACUAGUGGAGAAGAUCGUAGAAAGAAAGUUGGCACAGAAAUAA